AUUUUUUACAAACGUUUUGGUGACAUUUUUACGUUUUAACAAAAGUUUUAGUAAUAUUUUCACGUUUUGACAAAAGUUUUAGUGACAUUUUCACGUCUUCACAGUUCCUUAAGUUUAGAGUAAGUUUUUUUUUGCUAUAAUAAUCAUGUAGCAAUAAAAAUUUUAAUUCGGUGUCUUAACGCUUUGUUUUUAACAAAUAAUUGUAUAUUUUUCAUUUGUCGGAAAAAUAAGAAAAACUAGCCUUUGUUAUUCAAAAGAACCAUUUGUUCAAUUGUUAUUCAUUCUCUAGAAAUGAGUCAAUUGAAUGUCACUAAUCAAACCUUUCGAAUUAAAGAAUCUACUGACGAAGUGAAUUCUGAUGAUGCUACUUGGAUUCUAACCAGUGCUUUCAUCAUCUUUACGAUGCAAUCUAGGUUUGGUCUUUUAGAAUCAGGCUUAGUUUCGCAAAAGAAUGAGGCAAAUAUCAUGGUCAAAAACGCAGUUGAUGUCAUAAUAGGAGGGCUGGCAUAUUGGAUAUUUGGUUUUGCUUUCAGUUUUGGUGAUGAUAAUAAAUCAAAUUUCUUCACCGGAGUUGGAAUGUUUUUUACUGAAUCUCAUAACGACAGACACUUGGGGCACAUAUACUCUAGAUAUUUCUUUCAGCUAUCAUUCGCAACUACUGCUACUACAAUUGUCUCAGGGGCAAUGGCAGAAAGAACAUACUUAAAAGCUUACAUUGCAUUUGCAUUCUUCAAUACACUCACUUAUUGUUUUCCUGCUCAUUGGAUAUGGUCAGAAAAUGGAUGGCUCAAAAAAUUAGGUGCAGUUGACAUUGCUGGAAGUAGCGCCGUUCACGUUGUUGGUGGAAUCAGUGGAUUAGUGGCAACCAUAUUUCUAAAACCACGCACAGGACGCUUCAAAAAAGAUUCAAACAAAACUGAUUUUCAAAUGGCAUCUCCCACAAAUGUUUUAUUAGGAACGUUCAUGUUGUGGUGGGGAUGGCUUGGUUUUAACUGUGGCAGUACUUUUGGUAUUAGUGGUGAAAAAUGGAAACUUGCAGCAAGGUCGGCUGUUUGUACGAUCAAUGGCUCAGUCGGCGGAGGUGUUAUAGGAAUGAUUUACAGCUAUAUAUUUUACAAGAAUAAGUUAAAUAUACCAAUAUUUGUGACCGGACUGUUGGGAGGACUUGUUGGAAUAACAGCCAUCUGUGCAGUCACUAGACCAAGUUUUGCACUCAUUAUGGGCAUAAUUGGUGGUUUAAUAGCGUGUAUUAGUUGUAACAUACUUGAACGACUCCAUAUUGACGAUCCAGUUGGUUGUGUUCUUGUGCAUGUUUGCGCUGGAUACUGGAGUUUGAUUGCUGUUCCAUUUUUCUUGGAGCAAGACAAAUCUGGAAACUUUUCGUCACACUUAUUUGAGGAAUCGUACGGAAGAUGGAAGCUGCUUGGUGUCCAGGUUCUGAUGAUAAUUUCAUCAACAUUAUGGUCAGCAUUUAUAACUUUAAUAAUUCUUGUUACCAUCAACUACAUUUCUCCAAUAAGAAUGAGUCUAGAAGAUGAGUUAAAAGUCGAUAUUUGUGAACACGACAUAUUAAUGUCUGACAUGUUUGAAACAAGAAGACCUCACUCGGCAUUUGGCUCCAGAAAAGUUCAAAGUGCUUGGACUAUUAAAACGCAUGUACUGAACACAAACCAAAGUGUCAGAGAAGAUGAUUUUAUGAGCCAAGUAAUCGAUGCUGACGAAAAUUCAAGUGAUCUAAAAGAGAGAUGCAAAAAAUCUGUAUCACGUAGCUUACAUAAAGUAACCGAGAAUGAUAAAAAUUUUCAAGGGCAAAGUAAUGUUGGAUACAACAUAAACUGACACUUGACGAAAUAUUUAUAUAGCUACAUGGAAAAGAAUGAACCGUAAUACUCAUGGUUUUAAUGUAAAAUGUGUAUAAUAUCAUUUAGAAACGAACGUUUUGAUCAAUAUAUAAUAGCUAUCUGUUGUUUGUGGUAUAAUUUUAGAUUGUUCAGGAAGUUAAAGGUUUUGGCGUUUUGGAUCUUAUCAAAUUUUCAGACACCAAAAAACCUUUUUUGUUGUUGUUGCAAGAAAUUUUUCUCCAUCUGAAU